CACACAAGCUCUCAAACAAACAAGCAAACAGCUAUCUCAGCUGGUUCUUCUUCGUCUUGAUUUCUUCAAAUCAAAUUGGUUUUCUUUGAUUUGGUUAAAAAAAUGGCUGCUACUGUUACUCAAUCAGUGUUUAAAGUUUUCAUCUUGAUUUCUCUGUUUCAAAUUUCUUUGGCCGCAAGGCAGCUGAGUGAGGUGGUGCAAGACCAGUCUCAGCUCUUGACAUACCACAAUGGUCCUCUUCUUUCCGGUAAAAUCACCAUCAAUCUGAUUUGGUACGGAAAGUUUAAGCCAUCGGAGAGGGGGAUUGUCUCAGAUUUCGUCACCUCUCUGUGGUCUUCAGCUCCUCAAACUAGCCAACCAUCGGUGGCUACCUGGUGGAAAACCACCGAGAAAUACUACCACCUCACCUCCAAGAAGGCUACUCUGUCCCUCUCUUUGGGGAAACAGAUUCUCGACGAGAGCUACUCGUUGGGGAAACUACUCAAAAACGAGCAACUCGUGGAGCUGGCUUCAAAGGGUGACCAGAAGAACGCGAUUAAUGUGGUUCUAACGGCGGCGGAUGUUGCGGUUGACGGGUUCUGUAUGAGCCGGUGUGGAACUCACGGGUCUGCUCUGGGCUCUAGAAAUGGCCAGGCUAAGGGCGUGAAGCACUCGAAAUUUGCCUACAUUUGGGUGGGUAACUCGGAGACUCAGUGCCCUGGUCAAUGCGCGUGGCCAUUCCACCAGCCGAUUUACGGUCCACAAAACCCACCACUCGUCGCACCCAACAACAAUGUGGGUCUUGAUGGGAUGGUGAUCAACUUGGCUAGCCUCUUGGCCGGAACCGCCACCAACCCUUUUGGGAACGGGUACUUCCAGGGCCCAGCCGAGGCACCGUUGGAAGCUGCAUCCGCCUGUCCUGGCGUUUACGGCAAAGGAGCUUACCCUGGCUACGCCGGAAACUUAUUGGUAGACCCCACAACCGGCGCUAGUUACAACGCUCACGGCGACAAUGGUAGGAAGUAUUUACUUCCGGCUCUUUAUGAUCCUGUGACCUCGACUUGUUCAACAUUGGUCUGAGGCCAUGUACCUUGUGGGUUAUCUUAGUAGUAUUAUUGUAGGAUCUACACACGAUUUAUAGGGGAAAAAAAAAAUUAGGUAAUUCAUUUAUUUAUUAGUUAAUUUUUUGCUUAUCUAUAUUAAUAAUUAGUACUGUAGAUUAAUUAGCAAACUAUUUUGGUUUGCAUUUUUUUUUUUAAUAUAAAUUUCAAUCCAGCUUUUGAGAUAAGACUACUUUCAAAAAAAAAAGUUGAAAUUUUGGGUUUUUUUUUCCCCUCUGGCCUUUAAUUAUAAUAAGAUUAAUCAGUAAUCUUGGGAAGUUUGUGAAGGUGUGGAUGCUAGGAUGUAACUCAUGUAAGUGGAAAAAUCUAGAGAGAAAAAAAUGGACCGUACAUG